AUGGCAGAAACCGCCCCAGCUGUUGCCGCAGCGCCGGCCAAAGCGCCUAAAAAGAAAUCCGCUGCAAAAGCAAAGAAAACCGGACCAAGCGUGGGUGAUCUCAUCGUUAAAGCCGUCUCGGCUUCCAAGGAGAGGAACGGCGUCUCUCUCGCCGCCCUGAAGAAAGCGCUCGCCGCCGGUGGUUACGACGUGGAGAAGAAAAACGCCCGCGUCAAGAUCGCCAUCAAGAACCUGGUCACUAAAGGCACCCUGGUCCAGACCAAAGGGACCGGCGCUUCCGGGUCUUUCAAACUGAACAAAAAGCAGACAGAGACCAAGGCAAAACCAGCGAAGAAAGCCGCUCCUAAAGCAAAGAAGCCCGCAGCCAAGAAACCCGUCGCUGCCAAGAAGCCCAAGACUGCAGCGACAAAGAAGACCGCCGCUAAGAAAUCUCCCAAGAAAGUGAAGAAACCAGCCGCCACCGCCGCUAAAAAGGCAACAAAGAGCCCCAAGAAAGCAAAGAAGCCAGCGGCUCCUAAGAAAGCAGCGAAGAGCCCCAAGAAAGCAAAGGUUGCUAAACCCAAGACAGCAAAGCCUAAAGCAGCCAAGCCUAAAAAGGCAGCGCCCAAGAAGAAAUAAAGUCAAUACUUUAUUUUUUUUACACUCAAAGGCUCUUUUAAGAGCCACC